AUGGUCAAAUUUGUUAAAGCAGGUAAAGUUGCUAUUGUUGUCCGUGGUAGAUUUGCUGGUAAAAAAGUAGUCAUUGUCAAACCACAUGAUGAAGGUACCAAAUCACACCCUUUCCCACACGCCAUUGUUGCUGGUGUUGAAAGAUACCCAUUAAAAGUUACCAAAAACUUAGGUGCCAAAAAGACUGCUAAAAGAUCAAAAGUUAAACCAUUCAUCAAAGUUAUUAACUACAACCAUUUAAUGCCAACUAGAUAUUCAUUAGAUGUUGAAGCUUUCAAAUCAUCAGUCACCACUGAAGCUUUAGAAGAACCUUCACAAAAAGAAGAAGCUAAAAAAAUUGUUAAAAAAUCUUUCGAAGAAAGAUACCAAGCUGGUAAAAACAAAUGGUUCUUUACUAAAUUGCAAUUUUAA